AUGAGGGAGCUGAAGGGCCGAGCGACGUCCACCGCCGAGCUGAGGGGCAGAGCGAUGUCCAUCGCCGAGCUGAGGGGCCGAGCGACGUCCGUCGCCGAGCUGAGGGGCCGAGCGACAUCCAACGCCGAGCUGAGGGGCAGAGCGACGUCCAUCGCCGAGCUGAGGGGCCGAGCGACGUCCACAGCCGAGCUAAAGUGCCGAGCAGUGUCCCCCGACGCACCGCGGCCAAACCCUCGCCUCGACGAAUUGGGGAAAAAGGGAGGUGAGGCGACGUCCUCCUCGGCGGAACCGGAAAUGGAGCAACGUCCCUCACCGGAGCAAGGCUGCAGGCUGGAAGGAAAUAGAUGGAUUGAGAUCACUGCAUACACAGGAGACUCAGUACUGCUGCCCUGCUCCUGCACUGAGCUCCACAGAAAACCUGAGACAUUCACAUGGAAGAAAAUAACAGAUGGAAAUAACUGGACACAGAUAUCUCCUGAGAGUGAUGAGUACAAAGAGAGAUUUCAGCUGGUUAAUGAUCACUCUUCAGGAAAUCUCUCUCUGCUCAUAUCACACCUGACUGAACAGGAUGGAGGAGUUUACAGGUGUGAUGUUAAAGGGGGUGAAUACAGAUACAUCAGUCUCACUGUUAAAGGCUGCAGUCUGAAAGGAAAUAAAGAGACAGAAGAGAUCACUGCAUACACAGGAGACUCAGUACUGCUGCCCUGCUCCUGCACUGAGCUCCACAGAAAACCUGAGACAUUCACAUGGGAGAAAAGUACAGAUGGAAAUAACUGGACACAGAUAUCUCCUGAGAGUGAUGAGUACAAAGAGAGAUUUCAGCUGGUUAAUGAUCACUCUUCAGGAAAUCUCUCUCUGCUCAUAUCACACCUGACUGAAAAGGAUGGAGGAGUUUACAGGUGUUAUUUUAAAUGGGAUGAAUACAGAGACGUCAAUCUCACUGUUAAAGGUUGCAGACUGAAUCAACAGACAGUGAAUGUGACUGGAAUCGUGGGACAGUCUGUCCUUCUGCCCUGCUCCUGCUCUGAACUACAAGCCAAACCACACACUUUCAGAUGGAACUUUUAUAAAGGACCUUAUGGCAUAAAGAUCUUCCCAAAGGAGCAGACAAAUCUCUACACAGACAGAGUUCAGGUCUUUAAUGAUCAUCCUCCAGGAAAUGUCUCUCUACUCAUAUCACACCUGACUGUAGAGGAUGGAGGAUUUUACAGGUGUGAGAUCAACAACAAAAUCAAUACAGACGUCCGACUCACAGUAAAAGGGGCACCAACAAGACCUUCAUCAUCCACACCAGUGAUCACAACAACUUCACCUCAUUCCAGACCAGGGACAAACUCUCAAGACAAUCAUCAUCAUCAUCUGUCAGAACCUCUCAACACCACCAUCAUCAUCUGUACUGCUGUUGGGGUUCUGCUGCUGCUGCUGAUACUUGGAGGGGUCAUCUUCUGGAAACACAGAGUACAGAGACGAGGACAGAUCAAGAUUGAUGAUGGACAAGCAGGACAGCAGAAGAAGCAGAAUGAUUUUGAUGUUCUGUACACCGCCGUGAACCCAAAUACUGAACACAACAAAGAAGAAGAACAGAAUGAUUUUGAUGUUCUGUACACCGCCAUAAACCGACCACAACAAAGAACAGGAUGGCGUGCUGUACUCGACUGUAGUCACCAGCAACACUGUGAGAGCAGCACACACUCCAGUGGCAUCAGAAGAAGUUACAGUAUACUCCAGCAUCAAAACUAACUAACACACACACACACACACACACACAAAGAAACUAUAAAUAUUACAUUUUUCUAAGGCAUCCUUGAUAUAAUAUGAUUCCUUUAGGUCUGUACACAGCUGUAAAGUGACAAAAGUGCUCAUCUUUAGAUAUAACAAACUUUUCUAUUCUAAUUUCUGUUUCAAAAAUAAAUGACAGAAGCUGAAAA